GUAAUACUAAUGGUAAUAUGAGUCCAAUUGCACCUACAUAUAGUAUGAAUACAAUGGGUAUGUCAGUUGGUGGUAUGACAUCAGUAUCACCACAAAGUGGUACAACAUUUAAUUCAAGUGUUCUUGGUUCAGCUGCCGCAAGUAUGAGUAGUAUGGGCGUUACAGCAGCAGCAAUGAAUUCAAUGACAGGAAAUUGUAUGACUCCAAGUUCAAUGGGUUAUGGUUCUAUGGGUUCACCAUUAGGUAAUAUGGGUUCAUGUAUGGGUAGUGGUAUGUCAUCGAUGGCUGCAAUGACUGGAUAUUCAACUGGUUUAACGGCACGUGAUUUAGACACCGGUUCACCUAAUUUAAAUAGAUCUAGAGCAGCAGCAGCAGCUGCAGCUGUUGCCGCUGUUGAAAAACCAACAACCUAUCGCAGAAGUUAUACUCAUGCAAAACCACCAUAUUCCUAUAUAUCAUUAAUUACGAUGGCAAUACAAAAUAAUCCGAAUAGAAUGUUAACGUUAUCAGAAAUUUAUCAAUUUAUUAUGGAUUUAUUUCCAUUCUAUAGACAAAAUCAACAGAGAUGGCAAAAUUCAAUACGACAUUCAUUAAGUUUUAAUGAUUGUUUUGUUAAAAUACCAAGAACACCAGAUAAACCUGGUAAAGGUUCAUUUUGGACAUUACAUCCUGACUCAGGUAAUAUGUUUGAAAAUGGAUGUUAUUUAAGACGUCAAAAACGAUUUAAAGAUGAAAAGAAAGAAGCAUUAAGACAAAUGCACAAAAGUCCAUCUCAUAGUAGUAUAGAGGCAACAAGUCCUGGUAAAAAAGAUCAUUUACAUGAAGAUCAUCAUCAUCAUAGUCAUCGUGAUCACCACAAAGGCUCUGUAGAUUCUGGUUUAUUGAGUUCAGCUCAUAGUAAAGAUGCUGAAGCUUUAGCUAUGUUACAUGCAGCUAAUGCUGAAUUAUGUUUACAACAACAGCAGCAGCAACAUCACCAUGGUGGUUCACAUCAUCAACAAUUACAGCAAGAAGAAUUAUCAGCAAUGGUUAAUCGAUGUCAUCCAUCUUUAAUUAGUGAUUAUCAUUCAAUGCAUCAUUUAAAACAAGAGCCGACAGCUGGUUAUACACCAUCAAGUCAUCCAUUUUCAAUAAAUCGUUUAUUACCAACUGAAUCAAAAGCUGAUAUUAAAAUGUAUGAUAUGAGUCAAUAUGCUAGUUAUAAUGCAUUAAGCCCAUUAACAAAUUCACAUGCUGCCUUGGGUCAAGAUUCAUAUUACCAAAGUUUAAGCUAUCAUGCACCAGCUGGUACGACAAGCUUGUGACAUCAGUAUCCAUUGGCGUAAGGACGUGAAAUGCUGCGUAAUUUUCAUCGCCACCAUCAUAAUAAUCAAAAUAAUCAAAAUCAUCAUCACAGUCAUCAUAAUAAUCAUCAUCAUCAGCAAUCACAACAGCAACAUCAAUUGUUACAACAACAAGAACAAAAUUUACAUCAACAACAUCAAGAGCAAUUACAUGCUGAUGAUAAUUUUCAUAGUGAUGAUAACAGUAAUAAUAAUAACAAUAAUUCAACUAAUUAUAAUGGUAAUAGUAAUAAUAGUAACAACAAUAACAGCACCAACAAUAAUAGUAACAAUCAGCAUCUAACGCAGCAUAAUUUCUUACUACAAAGCCAACAACAGAAUUUCAAUUUAAAUAAUAAUUACCAUCAUUUAUAUAAUUCUUAUAGGAAUUUCAAUGGAAAUACAAGUUUAAUUAAGAGCGAUGAUAAUUGUGAUGCUGACUAACAUUUUUAGUAUUUAAGAAUGAUUUAUAAAAUUUUUGAAUAGAAAAAACCAUAAAUUUAGAGUUUUUUAAUUUUGUUUUUAUAUUGUCGUAAUAAUGUUAUAUCGGUUAUAAUUAUUAUAAAAAAAUUAUAAGUAGUUAUAAAAUUUAAUUAAUGCUUAUUAAGUAAUGUAAAGAAUUCAUAAAUAAUUUAAAAAAAAAGUAAAAAGUUACGAUAUAUGAAAAUUAGUUUGUUAAUAUUUUACUUUUAAGUUUACUAAUAAUUUUUCAUUAUAGUUUUUAAAAACAAAAGAAAAACUUCGUGAGAAAAACAAAAAAAAAAAUUUUAAAAAAUUCUUAAAGACAGUGCUUGAUAUUGUUAGGAUAUUUUUUUUUUCUUUAAUUUCCUUUCGCGCAAAUUAGUUUUAAUUAACGUUAGCUUCGCAAAUACCGAAAUCCACAUGCCUAUGCUACAUUUUGUCUCUUUGUUCUUUUUCGUUUUUUAAGUAAAUAAAAAAGAACACUCAUUUUUUAUUUUCUAUAAUAAAUGGGUUUCAGUCGGGUGAAAGAUUGUUAGAUCGAAAUGAAAAUUAAAUGACUUGAAUGCUAAUUAGUAUAUAAAACUCCUUAAGUGCGUCGGCACUUAAUGAGUGUAUUUAUACCAUUUAAAAACUAUAACAUGUACUUACAAAUAAAUGAUCGUAGAUCAAUAAGAAAUCUUUCCAAGACUAAUGUGACAUGACGUAUAUUAUAUGUACGGUAGUCAAGUGUAAUGUUGCAUAAUAAAGUUGGUUUUCAAUAAAAUGUGCAAAAUUAAUACGCGUGUUUAAGCGACGGCUAAGUUCAAAAAA